AUGGCGGACGAGGACGGGGAAGGGAUUCACCCCUCGGCCCCUCACAGGAACGGAGGUGGCGGCGGCGGCGGUGGGGGCUCCGGGCUCCACUGCGCGGGGAACGGCGGCGGGGGAGGCGGCGGCCCGCGGGUCGUGCGCAUCGUCAAGUCCGAGUCCGGCUACGGCUUCAACGUGCGGGGCCAAGUGAGCGAGGGCGGGCAACUGCGGAGCAUCAACGGGGAGCUGUACGCGCCGCUGCAGCAUGUGAGCGCCGUGCUGCCCGGGGGGGCGGCCGACCGGGCCGGGGUGCGCAAGGGGGACCGCAUCCUGGAGGUGAACGGCGUGAAUGUUGAGGGGGCGACACACAAGCAGGUGGUGGACCUGAUCCGAGCAGGCGAGAAGGAGUUGAUCUUGACAGUGUUAUCUGUGCCUCCACAUGAGGCAGAUAACCUAGAUCCCAGUGACGACUCGUUGGGACAAUCGUUUUAUGAUUACACAGAAAAGCAAGCAGUGCCCAUAUCGGUCCCCACAUACAAACAUGUGGAGCAGAAUGGUGAGAAGUUUGUGGUAUACAAUGUUUAUAUGGCAGGGAGACAGCUGUGCUCUAAGCGGUACCGGGAAUUUGCUAUCCUGCACCAGAACCUGAAGAGAGAGUUUGCCAACUUUACAUUUCCCCGACUCCCAGGGAAGUGGCCGUUCUCUUUAUCAGAACAGCAGUUAGAUGCCCGACGUCGGGGGUUGGAAGAAUAUCUAGAAAAAGUAUGCUCAAUACGUGUCAUUGGUGAGAGUGACAUCAUGCAGGAAUUCCUGUCAGAAUCAGAUGAGAACUACAAUGGUGUGUCCGACGUCGAGCUGAGAGUAGCAUUACCAGAUGGAACAACAGUUACAGUCAGGGUUAAAAAGAACAGUACUACAGACCAGGUGUAUCAGGCUAUUGCAGCAAAGGUUGGCAUGGACAGUACAACAGUGAAUUACUUUGCCUUAUUUGAAGUGAUCAAUCAUUCCUUUGUACGUAAGCUGGCACCCAAUGAAUUUCCUCAUAAACUGUACGUCCAGAAUUACACGUCAGCUGUGCCAGGUACCUGCCUGACCAUUCGAAAGUGGCUUUUCACGACAGAAGAAGAAAUCCUCUUAAAUGAUAAUGACCUUGCUGUUACCUACUUUUUUCAUCAGGCCGUUGAUGAUGUAAAAAAAGGUUACAUCAAAGCAGAGGAAAAGUCCUACCAGUUACAGAAGCUGUAUGAACAAAGGAAAAUGGUCAUGUAUCUCAACAUGCUGAGGACCUGUGAGGGCUACAAUGAAAUCAUCUUCCCGCACUGCGCCUGCGACUCCCGGAGGAAGGGGCACGUCAUCACAGCCAUCAGCAUCAGGCACUUUAAGCUGCAUGCCUGCACGGAAGAAGGGCAGCUGGAGAACCAGGUGAUAGCAUUUGAGUGGGACGAGAUGCAGCGGUGGGAUACGGAUGAAGAAGGAAUGGCCUUCUGCUUUGAGUACGCUCGAGGAGAAAAGAAGCCUCGAUGGGUUAAGAUCUUCACACCAUAUUUUAAUUAUAUGCACGAAUGCUUCGAGAGGGUGUUCUGUGAGCUCAAGUGGAGAAAAGAGAACAUUUUCCGGAUGGCGAGGUCACAGCAGAGGGAUGUGGCCACCUAGCCUUCCCUCACCCCUCCUCUUCACCCUCGUCCUCUCACCCCUUCCGUCUCCUGUGUCAGAGAGUAACCAUUAACACAAAAGAAGAGAAAAAGGAAAAAAGUCAUUAUGUUCAAAAGCCCUAAACUAAAUGCUAUUAAUAAUCCCUCUGGGUCUCAUGUCUCUGGAAUUGAGCUGGUGGAGAGCACAGACCGGUCCACACUGGGAGCAGCUGAGUUAAGACAGGAAGUUGAGCCCAAGCACGUGCCAGAGGCGUCUCCUUUCACCUGGGCCUCCCGCCAACACCCCUUGCGCUGUGGUGUUAAAACCGGAGCUAUGAACUCCGCCCAUUGGCACUGUUCCGACAUAUAUAUGUAUGUAUGUAAAAAUUAUAUAUACACAGAUUAGCUGCACGUAUAUACAUAUAUAUAUUUCUUUUUAAAUUUCAUAUCGAUGGCAGUACCUUUUUUAGCUUGUGUUUUUACACACCUUUCACUAGAAUUCAUGACUUCUCUCUUGCUCUCUUUAUUUUGAAACAAACUUUAAAAAGGAAAAAAAAAAUUACUGGGAAAAUACCUCUCCUCAUGAAGGACUCGAAAAGUUUACAACCUGCUUGGGUUUUUCCCCCCCUUUUUUGUAUCGAGUGAGAUUCUGGCUCAUGGUUGCCACAGAGUCAGGAGCAAGGAACGCAGUUUCUUUAUCUUCCUAGAGGCCGCUGGGGAGGAGGCGGAGGUGGGUUUCUCAAGGGCCAGAGGCUUGCACAUCUGCAGGGAGAAUCUGAAGGCUUGGCAUGGCCCUCGAUUCCGAGACAGCUGUCCUGCCCAGCCCUGUCCCCAUCACGGCUUUGUGGCCACACUCCCCAUCUCCUUCUUGCUUCCCGAGGGCCCUGGUGUGCUCUCCCUCCACUGGCCUAGAAUGGAGGGGAGAGGCGGGCUCAGGAGGCUGAUGCCACAGAACCGGAAAUGCUUUGUGGUUCUAAUUUCCCAUUUCUGAAGAGCAGGCAGAGUACUAGGGACCAGAGUUAAAGCCAAUAGCUUUAGGCACAAAGAUUGGACUGAGGCCGGGGAAAGGAAGGAAGGACUGCCCUGUGUGCCUCAGCUUUUCCCCACUCCGUUCCUGACCGGUAACCGCCCGUAACCAUACAUUCUCUGUGACUUCCUUAAACAGCUGUGUCGCAGAAGAACCUGACUGUGUCCCCAGAGCCUUGGGGAAACUUGGUCAGUGGUCCUUGCCAACCAAACCAGUGCCCGUCCAAGCCAGCUGAGGACCCGAGAGGGACCAGUAGGGAUACGGGUGAUGUGGGUUGGAGCUCAGCUUUUAAUAAGGAGACUAAAGGGAAGCCUUUCUGUCCUUCAAAGAGCUCCUUACUCACCUGGGGAUUUUGAGACCUAAGAGCUGCACCCCAGGCCCUAGGGGGCCGGGCUCACCAGCUGGGGCAACGCUCUCGGCGCCGCGCUCUAUGGAUGCUGCGCUGGCAGCUCCAAGUCAGGCUCUGGCGCACCUGAGACGUCUGUGUGUUUCUUUUUCCCUUCUCCGCUUUCCAAACAAAACCUCCACUGGGUGGCGUCCUCUGCUUUGUCUCAUCGGGAGCCAGCGGGGCAGUGGUGGGGCAGCUGGAAGUUUCCGUUCUGCCAACUUGGUUUUGCAAAUCAUCACAAGGCCACUUUCUGUCAUCCUGGCGGCUGCUUGCCCCGGGACAGUGCGGGGUCAUACAGGACAUCUGUCCUCCCUCCCUUUCUCCAAACCCAGGUUGAGCCGCACAGAGCAGAGCCUAGGGAUGCUGAAUGUUCAAAGUCGCAGAGAGCCAGCCUCAGUUUGAAAGUUUUGAUAACAGAAUUAGCUUCUUUUGGCUUCCGUGAAUUUGAUAAGGAGCCAGAGGGUCCUAGAAAAGAGACACUCUGGUUCCCCGCCCCAAGAUGCUGCCGUGGCUUUGGGGCCAGCUUUUCCCCACUGCACAGGCACAGCAGUUUGCCCCUGCUCCCUCAGAGCGGGGGAGGGAUGAACAAAUCUGGGAGCCCAUGCAGCAUCCCCGUGCUGACCUCUGGGUGGGAGCUGGGAGGAUGCCCUCAGGUGGGGUCCCCUUGAGCUGGGUGGGGGCCGCUCCACUCCCUGUGGCGGAGCGUGGCCACCUGGUGCUUUGGGGACUGGGCGAGGGCACCGCGCCUGGUCGUCGGCCAUUGGCCGAGUCUGUUUGGAAACAGCCCCUCCUUGCGGCUGUACCGCUGAAGAGCUGCCGAGGAAGGGCAGGAGGGAGUCCCAGCAGAGGGCACCCUUCCCCUCCCUCCCGCAGCAGGCCUCACGCUGGCCACCGCAGAGCUCACCGGGGGCUCCACAGAUCAAGUCUGUUUUGCAUGAAGCAGUGUUAGUGUGACCCUCCUUCCCCUGUUCCAUACUCCCUCACCCUCACCCCUGCUGCCAUUCUUCGCCCGGGUCCUGCCCAGGGAGCCUUUGCCUGGGCUCAUUUUGCUGUUUGUCUCUGGAAGAUGGAGGGGCUUCCCCCACCCCCCGCCCCAGCAGCGCCCGUGGGAUGUCCCCCUCCACGCCCGGUGUCUAUCCUCUUUGCUAAAAGCUCCGAGUUUUGUACAGAUCAGGGAAAAGGGCCGCCCGAGAAACCUGUCCCUGCAGAAGGGGUCCCUUGGCCGUGCUUGGGCUCUCUGUGCUUUAUAUUUGUAUUCUCCUCUCCAUUGUCCUGAGCCCAGCCCGGCUGUGUGCUCAGGGCAGCUCGAGGCCUGGCCAGUUUAUCCCGGCUAUCUCCCCCCCCCACAGCCCCCCCGCCCCCGACCCCAUGCCGGUAGCUUUGGUUCUCUUCUCAGAGCUCCAAACCUAGUGCCUGGAGCCGAGCCGCAGUACCGGGCAUUGACUGGAGGGGACACAUCUCUCUCCUCUCAGAAUUUGCCCCCUCGUGGCCUCGCUCCAAGGAGGCACUUUUCCUCCAGGGGACUGUAUCCUGGUUGGCCCAAAGUCUCCAGACCCGGAGGGACUACCGUUCCCCCCUUUUCUCCGUCGUGCUUUCUGGCGGGGUCAAUUCAGAGACCAUUUGGGCUGUUGGAGCCCAGCACACCGCCAGGUUUGCUUGCCAGGUUCACUGUCCCAUUAGCUUCCCUUUGAAGGGGGGCCGCGUGGUUGAUGCCAGAGAGGGGAGCGGUGACAGGGGAGCGGUGACGGCGGGAGUCCCAUGUUCCAGCGCCACCGCCAGCCUGCCUUCCCCCCCCAACCUGAGCGCCCACCAGCCCCGUGGGGGGGAGGCAGCUCACUCCCCAGCAAUAAUCUCAGUGUGGGGAGCUGGGGCUCCAGGGCAGGGCAGGGGCGGGGAGGGCGGACACCAGUUUUAUAUCAUGCCCCCUUUUUAAGCCAGCGAGCUGGGCUUCAGUUUUCCCCCAGGCCAUGCACACUUUUAAUUUAUUUGAGAAACUCUAAUUGUAUUUUCACUGCAGUAUCUUGUAUUUUUUAUUUGUGAUUUGAGAAAUGUGAAGAGAAAAUACACAGACACGUAAUGGCUAACAGUGUUUCUUUCAUUCCUUGUUCUACAGCUAACCACUCUAAAAUUGUUUGGUAAUGUCACUUAGUGUAAUUAAUUGUAACAUAUUCUUUUAAAUAAAUUGAUUUAUUGAUGAAACUAG